AUGGCGACCCUCUCGCAUGAUUUGACCAUUGAAAUACUACGUGGUUUAAGUGUAAAAGACCUUCUACGCUUCAAGUGUGUUUCAAAGCUCUGGUGCUCUUCGAUUGAUGAUCCAUAUUUCAUCAAACUCCACCUCUCCCAUUCCCUCAAAACCAAUACCAAUCACUCCCUUAUUCUCCGUCGCUGGGGGUACGACUUCCUCUCCGUCAACUACGACUCACUCAAAACAACUCAAGUAAUCAAUCCCCCACUCACCAAUAGUCCCAUUAAAAUAUUGGGUUCUUGCAAUGGUUUACUUGCUCUGAUAGACGACAAGGAUAGAAUAUUUCUGUGGAACCCUUCAACGAGAAAAUCCCAGGUAUUACCUUCCACUGAAAUAGAAUUUUCAUCUACAUCGAUUAGCUCUGCCCCUUCAACUUACUAUGGAUUUGGGUACGAACCCAUUUCUGAUGACUACAAAUUGGUUCGAAUGGUCCAAUCACAUGGAAACAAUGAUGAAUAUUUUCAUUCUGAAGCUAAGGUUUACAGCUUGAGGAGCAAUUGUUGGAGAAGGAUUAAGGAUGUCUGCUUUUAUCUUAAGUUCAAUCGAAAAUUCGGGUUUUUGGCUAACAACGCUUUACAUUGGAUGGUAUUUAAAACUCCCCAAUCGGAUAAUAGAAACCUUGUUGGUUUCAAUCUCGGGAGCGAGGAAUUCCGUUUCCUUGAAUUACCGGAUUUUUGUUUAGAUAAGCUUUUUUGGGAAAUCAAUAAUUUUGUGGUUGAUGUAUGGAUUAUGAAGGAAUAUGGGGUUAAGCAAUCUUGGAUUAAAUCGAUAUCAUGGAACGAACCCCACAAUAUUUCAGAUACUCCGGUUGCAGCUCCUUUGGCUUUUUCAAAAAAUGGCAACAAAGUUUUAUUCAACAUUGCAUACAAGUGGUGUCAUUUGCGCAAAAGAGACGGUAAGUUUGUGUGGUAUGAUUUGGGAAGCCAAAGGGUUGAGAAUGUUGGGAAUAGACAGAUUCCAACUUCAUUUGAUGUGGACUUGUUUGUUGACAGCCUUGUCCCUCUUAAUAGUAAUGCUCAACAAUGA